AACUAGCACAAUCGUAUAACGAUUGAAAAUGGCUGACCAAAAGAGUUCAGCCCAACCCUCGACACCGAAGCAAAAGUCCGUACCUCCUGUAUUCAACUUUAUCAAUGGAGGACUGUCAGGAAUGCUAGCCACCUGCGUCGUGCAUCCGAUGGACGUGCUAAAAAAUCGUAUGCAAUUGAACCGUGACGGAACCUCGAUCGUAAAGUUGAUGAAAUCUAUCAUGGCUGAGGAAGGAUUAACAAAAUUUUAUCGAGGUUUGACUGCCGGCUUGGUUCGACAAGCGACUUACACCACCACAAGAUUAGGGAUUUACAAUCAGCUGCUGGAUAUUUGGAGAGCGAAUAAGGCAUCCCCGCCCAGUUUUAUGGUCCUUUGUACAAUGGGAAUGACUGCUGGAGUUUGCGGAGCCUUCGUAGGAACCCCGGCCGAGAUAGCGCUGGUGAGAAUGUCAGCCGAUGGAAGGCUGCCACCAGAUCAUAGGAGAAAUUACAAACACGUCUUUGACGCGUUCUUCAGAAUUUACAAGGAAGAAGGUAUCACUGCACUGUGGAGAGGCUGCAUCCCGACAAUGGGAAGGGCAGCGGUUGUAAAUGUAUCGCAAUUGGCGACUUACAGUCAAGCAAAGAAAAUGAUAGUGAAAACAUGGAACAUUAAGGAGGGAAUUCCUCUCCAUUUUUGGGCAUCCAUGGUAUCUGGACUUCUUACAUCGUUCAACUCCAUGCCUUUCGAUAUUGCGAAAACAAGAAUACAGAAUCUUAAGGCAUCGGUGAAACCUCCGUCAAUGAUAAGUGUAAUAACCAAGACCGCACAGCAGGAAGGAAUAACUGCUCUGUGGAAAGGAUUCGUGCCAACCUACUGCAGGAUUGGACCUCACACGGUCCUUACAUUCAUGAUAAACGAACAGCUGACCAAACUAUCGAGGCAAUAUUUUGUUUGAAAUGUUUCUUUCGCGUGCAAUUGAAUAGCUUUUCAAUGCUAAACAUGAACCUUAACCCUUCUUAUGUUCAAGCACAUAUAUAGUAUACAUACUUAUAUUCAACUUGUACCUACUUGUUUUUGCGUUUUGCUUACACAUGCGUAUAAGAAACAAGAAAAAUCGUUUCACCUCCUUAAAUUGAUACUUCGUUCCAUACUUCCGCGAUGAUAU